UAAUGUGAGCGAAUCCCGGGAGGCGCUCACACGGCCGGGGAGCCCCAGAGCGGACCGGGCAGGAGGCUCCGCGCCCGCGACCCCCAAAACUCGGGCGGGAGGAGGACGAGGAGGACGAGGAGGAAGAGAAGAAGGCGGCGGCACCGCCGCUCGCAGGGACACAGCAAGAGCUUGUGAGGCAUCGUGGAAAUGGCUCUUGUGGAGGAUGUGCUCCUGCCCACCAACCUCACCUCCAGCAACCAGAGCAGCUGCAACGUGCACAACCACCACUUCUCAACCAAAGUCACCUUCUCCCUUUUCUACAUCAUCCUGCUGGUGUUCGGUGCCUGUGGGAAUGUCCUGGCCCUCUGUAUCACCUUCCAGCGCAGGAAGAAGAAGCUCAACUCCACCGACCUCUACCUGGUGAACCUGGCCCUCUCCGAUGCCCUGUUCACGCUGGCACUGCCGGGCAGGAUCGCCUACUACAUCCUGGAGUCCAACUGGCCCUUUGGGGACUUGUUCUGCCGGAUCACAGCUUUCAUUUUCUACAUGAACACCUAUGUGAGCAUCUACUUCAUGACCUGUGUGAGCGUGGACCGCUACGUGGCCGUGGUGCGCACCAGGCACCCGGGCAGGAUCCGGAAGAUGAGCCGUGCCAGGGGCGUCUGUGCGCUCAUCUGGGCCCUGGUGUUCCUGCAGACGGCUCCGCUGCUCCUGCGGCCCAUGACGCGCAGGAUGGGAGACAAGCUGACGUGCAUGGAGUACUUCAACUUCGAGGAGAUUCCCAACCUGCCCUACCUGCUCCUGGUGGCCUGCAUGAUCGGCUUCUUCCUGCCUGUGGGCAUCAUCUUGGUGUGCUACGUGAGGAUCAACCUCAAGCUCUGCCAGACGGCCAAGGAGAACCCGCUGACGGUGAAGAACGGGCACCACCACCGGGCAUUCACCGUCAUCCUGGUGGUGCUGCUGGCCGUCCUGCUCUGCUUCAGUCCCUACCACCUCAACAUUGUCCAGUUCAUGGUCAGGAAGAUCCUCUACCAGCCGUCCUGCCGUGAGCAGCAAGCCUUCAAGAUGUCCCUGCAAGUCACGGUGGCAUUCAUGAACCUCAACUGCUGCAUCGACCCCGUCAUCUACUUCUUCGCCUUCCGGGGCUACAAGCGGAGGCUGCUCCGCAUCUUCAGGAACAGCGGCUCCCUGGCCACCUCCUCCACUGCCAAGACCCCCUCGGAGAGCAACAGCAACAGCCACAGCCACAGCCAGCCCCCAGGCUCCGUCUCCAUCUAGCAGCACA